AUGGGUGGAAUCCGAAAACUUCCGUUGACUGAUCAACGACAAAGCUUUCGGAGACGAUUACAACGUGCACUGUCCCUGUCAUCCUCCGGGUCUGAGGAUAUCUGGAUUCCGUCCAGAUCUGCGGCGGGGGAUACUACAGAGGACGAGUGUUCUCAGGAGGACGACUCUUUUGGCAACGACCGCAAUGGAAUCACAGUGGAUGAUGGCCAGGAAAGUCUUCUGCCCACCUGGAGUACGGGCCCGACACCAGACGAAGAACUGGAACAACCUGGACAGGAUCUUUCCGAGAACUGCAAUAUGAUCGCCUUCCAAUGCCUUGCA